CACUUCCCCCAUUUUCCCCAUAAAUAAAAAAACCUCCCCCUCCUCUUCUCUCUCCCUUCACUACAAUCCAGCUCUCACUCCCAACUCAACCCCUGAUUCCUUCUUCCAUCACAGUUUCUAUCUGACCCCUUCUUCCUCCUCCUCCUCCACCUCCACCCUUUUCUCAGCUUAACCCUCCACCUCCAUUUCCCAGAAAAUGGGCAAAGGUGGCUCUCUCAGCGAAGGCGUCAUCAAGAAGAUCCUCCUCUCCUACACCUACGUCGCCAUAUGGAUCUUCCUCAGCUUCACCGUCAUCGUCUACAACAAGUACAUCCUCGACAAGAAGAUGUACAACUGGCCCUUCCCUAUCUCCCUCACCAUGAUCCACAUGUCCUUCUGCGCCGGCCUCGCCUUCCUCCUCGUCCGCGUCUUCAAGUUAGUCGAGCCCAUCACCAUGACCCGAGAAGUCUACCUCUCCUCCGUCGUCCCCAUCGGAGCCCUCUACUCCCUCUCCCUCUGGCUCUCUAACUCCGCUUACAUCUAUCUCUCUGUCUCCUUCAUCCAAAUGCUCAAGGCUCUCAUGCCUGUGGCCGUCUACUCCAUCGGGGUGUCGUUUAAGAAGGAGACGUUUAAGACUGACACGAUGGUCAACAUGCUCUCGAUCUCCGUCGGCGUGGCCAUUGCGGCUUAUGGGGAGGCCAGAUUCGACACCUGGGGUGUGAUUCUGCAACUGGGCGCGGUUGUUUUCGAGGCCACGAGGCUUGUGUUGAUCCAAAUCUUGUUGACAUCUAAAGGGAUCACCUUGAAUCCCAUUACCUCUUUGUACUAUGUGGCUCCUUGUUGCUUGGCCUUUCUGUUGGUGCCUUGGAUCUAUGUGGAGUACCCAACACUGAGGGACACCUCGAGUUUCCAUUUCGAUUACGUGAUUUUCGGGACCAAUUCCUUCUGUGCGUUCGCGUUGAAUCUUGCUGUGUUCUUGCUCGUGGGGAAGACCUCGGCUUUGACGAUGAAUGUGGCGGGUGUGGUGAAAGAUUGGCUCUUGAUUGCCUUCUCUUGGUCUGUCAUCAAGGACACUGUGACCCCAAUCAAUCUGGUGGGUUAUGGCCUUGCGUUUUUGGGGGUUGCGUAUUACAAUCACUCGAAAUUGCAGGCUCUCAAGGCCAAGGAGGCGCAGAAGAAGGUGCCUCCGGCGGAUGAGGAGGCGAAUAAUAGGCUGCUGGAGGCUGAAGGUCAAGGACGGGAAGAAAAGUGAGUCCCAGAAUUGAUUUGCAAUGUUCCUAAUUGACUUAGGAACAAAUUUGAGCUAGAUUAUGAUAAUAAGAGCAUUGUUGGGUUAGAAGGUGGAAGAGCAUAAAACGGGUUCGAAUUGGGGGGCCAAAGGAACUUUGCCAGGUUCGGUUUUCUUUUGCUUCUUGAAAUGAAGAAUUCGGGUUUUGGUAUGUUCUAGAUUUCGGUUUUUGUUAUGCUAGCUGUGGUUGUUCUUCUUUUUAGUACUUCCAUUUUAGUAUUGUUGCGCAUUUGAGAUUCACAACUAUUGCUUAUAGUGCCAAUAUGUAUGUUUAGUAAAGGAAGAAUCUCAGAUGCCUUAUUUUUUUGUUCCUCUUUUCAUUUAUGUCCGUGGAGGAACUCCUGGUUACGAAGCUUUAAUACUUAUUUAUUCAUAUUCAUUA